UCAGCCAUCAGUCACGAUUUGUCUUCAAAUUCUUUUCCCCUUUUUAAUAAUUCCAUUUUUUUCUAUUUCAUUCAAAAACAAAACAUUCCCUCUCUUUCUUCUUUGUCGAAUUUUCAACUACAUCAUUUUCUUUACUAUUCUUAAUGUCUUCAGAAUUAAUUUACGAUUUUAAUUUCUUCAGUUAAUUUAGACAAAUAAUUACAAUACAGAGAAUUUUCAUUUCUCUAAUUUUUAAAAAACGUUAUUUUUUUGGUUUGUUUAAAAAAAAGUCUUUGAGAAAAGAAAAUUUGAAAUUAAAAAAAAAAUUAACCUGAAGAAUAGGAAGAGUACGAGAAUUGAAAUGACGAUGGGACACGUGAAGAUAAACAGAAAAACGGAAGUAGUGGUUUAAAGAGAACGAGAGAAAGAGAGAGAGAGAAAAUGGAUAAGUACGAGAAUUUAGAAGUUGUUGGAGAAGGAAGUUACGGUGUUGUGAUGAAGUGUCGACAUAAGGAGACGGGACAAAUUGUUGCUAUUAAAAAAUUUCUCGAGACCGAGGAGGACAUUCAUGUGCGAAAAUUGGCCUUCCGUGAAAUAAGAAUGUUGAGGAGGCUACGACACGAGAAUUUGGUGAACCUACUGGAAGUUUUUAGACGACGUAAACGAUUUUAUUUGGUCUUUGAAUAUUUGGAUCACACCGUUCUCGAUGAACUCGAAACAGUUGGCGGUGGAUUAGGACCAGAUGUUUCGAAACGACACAUCUUUCAAGUUAUUCGUGGACUUCAUUUUUGUCACUCGAAUAACAUUAUUCAUCGUGACAUAAAACCAGAAAAUGUUUUGGUCUCACCAAAUGGUGUUGUGAAACUUUGCGACUUUGGCUUUGCCCGCUUCAUCAGUCAGAGUAAUAACGAAUCGUGUACGGAUUACGUCGCGACAAGAUGGUACCGAGCACCGGAAUUAUUAAUUGGCGAUAAUCGCUAUGGGAAGCCAGUUGAUGUCUGGGCAGUUGGAUGUCUUUAUGCGGAAAUGGUUACCGGUGAUCCAAUGUUCCCGGGGGAAAGUGAAAUCGAUCAAUUGCACAGGAUCACUAGAAUUUUAGGUGCACUUUGUGGGAAGCAUCAGAAUAUAAUCGGUAAAAAUGCCACCACUCGUCUAUUGAGACGAGCGAGUGUUGAUGAAUCGCAAUUUGGAAAUUAUGCCUCGAGAUCAUUGAGAAAUGUUUUUCCAAAUUGGAAUUCAAUGGCUGUUGAUUUUAUCACUCAAUGUCUACGCAUGGAUCCUGAGGCACGACCAAAUUGCACGAAUUUACUGCAACAUUCACUAUUUCAGCAAGAUUCAUUUGCCGAGAAAUUUCUCGUCGAAUUGCAAACGAAUGUCGCUAAGGAGGCGACAAUGAAUCAUCUUUUGAUGAAGAGAGAAGAGGCACGAAGAUUGAGUGUCCUCUCUGUUGACGAGGCACCGCGUGUCUGUCGAAGUGGAACUGGAAGAUGGCAAAUGAAUUUAAUUAAGGAACCAAAACUACCACUAGGCAAUAAAUUAAAUGCGGAAACAAAAGAAAAUACACCGUCGCAUGAAAAUAAUUUUCAAAAGGAACACUGUUACAUUGGUCCAGUGUCCGUUGUUCCUAAUACAACUACAACAACGACAACAACAAAAACAACAACCUACAUUAAACGACUGAAUCAAAAGGAUCUUAUUAUUCCUGAGACGAAACAUUUCUCCCUACCGGCAUUAUCAAUUAAAACACACGCCAAACCACCGGGGAAGAGAAAAAAACUCGAGCUUUCAAAUUAUAUUAUUUGAAAUAAUUAUUCAAAAAAAAAAAAAAAAAAUUUUUUGCCCGAAAGAAAAGGAUAUAUUUUGUAUUUUAUAAAUAUAUUUGUAAAAAAUUAAAGUGAAGGUUAUUAAACUACAAAAUCAAUAUAUUGUAAUAUUAAGAAUUUUUCCAUACUUGUACAAAUUUCUGGAAAUUUUUUUUUCU